AUGCAGACUUACAGACACCAGCGGCUGGAUGACGCCCGGUCCCAGAUCCGGCUCCUCAAGCUGCAUCCUGGUACCGGGAAGCUCAGCGGUGAGAUCUUCGCAGUCCGAUUGGAGAGCUCCGCCUAUCCUCAGUAUGAACCCAUUUCGUACUGCUGGGGCUCCCAGAAAAACCAGCAAGUGAUCGUGCUAGAUGGCUUGCCAUUUUCCAUUGGGCGCAACCUCUAUGCGGCGUUGAAGCGACUACGCUACAAGGAUUCGGCUCGGGUUCUCUGGUGUGACGUGCUCUGCAUUGAUCAAAGCAACACUGCAGAGAAGAGCGUGCAAAUACCAUUGAUGCGUCAAAUCUUUCAGAAAGGGAGCCGUACGCUUAUAUGGCUGGGAGAACACGAUCGACGAACAAAGCGGAUUUUCCAAAUGUUUGAAACUUUAGAAAGAUGCUACAUGGAGGAUGCUGAGGCACGAAUACCUUCAUAUCAGUGGAGAAGAAUCAAUCACAACCGCCUUAAUAUCCCACGAUGGCCUCGUCCCUUGGUUCCUAUUGCCGAAUUCAUUACUGAUAUCCUAGGCCAAAAUGACAUAGCCAAUUUUAAGAAAAUGGAUUGGAUGCAUCGAGUCUGGGUCAUACAAGAAGCAGCAGUCUCAAAGGAGAUCACUGUCAUCUGUGGGAAAUACUCUACCAAUUGGGAAACUAUCGUCCGAGCUCAUACAGUCUCAGACGCGGGAUGGGAUAGCAACUUCUCAAACAUCAUUUUCCAUGCACAGGCAUUUCGGGACGCUAACUACCAGUCAUUGGCCGGUCUCGUAUCAGAUGCCAUGGACUCUGCUUUAUCAAAGAAGAUCGAGGCGCACUAUUCUGCAGAUCCCCUGGAAGUGUUUCAGAAAGUGACAAAGAUCACGCUGGAAAACACAGAGGACGCAAACAUUAUUCUCAUGGGUAGCAAGAAUCUGUCAAGAAAACUUCCCAGCUGGUCGUGGCAUCCUUACUCCGAGUACGAUCACUUUUAUGCAGGUUGGGAGCUUCGGGAAAAGGAAAACCUACGAGCGACGAUGGACUCAUCGUCCAAGAUUGCGUUUGUUGAGAAUGAUAGGGUAUUGCAGCUGGCAGGAUACUCGUUUGGAACCGUUACCAGAGCGGGUCCUGCAAUCCCGCCAGAGGAUGAUCCAUUAGGAGACGAUAUGUUCAUAUAUAAAUCGGUUCUGACUUAUUUCCACUCCAGGUCGAUUGCUGGGGCGGACAUUGAACGUCCAUACAUGGAUACCAGUAUGACAACUACAGAGGCUUUUUACUGGUCCAUGCUGAUGCCAGAGACCAAUGCGGAGGACGAGGCUGUCCUGAACCAUAACCUAAAAAAGGUCAAAGAUCUGGAUGAACUCCUUCAGAGAAAAUUCUCUUUGUUGGUCAAGAAGCCCGGGCUUUGGUCGGGACUUUCAGCCUAUGUCUGGUCGCGGGUUUUAGAGAUCACGCUGCGGUCCGCGUUUGGGAGCAGUCAAACAGAAUGCUUGAAAAUAAUGGGAAGACAUGCUCACAUCUACGGGUUCCGAGCAAUAUCUACCUCGGAAGGAUAUAUUGGACUUGCCACCGGCUCAAUUCAGCCUGAGGAUAAGAUAUUCUUACUCCAAGGGGUACGCACACCAGUCGUGCUCAGGCGUGCCAAUGCAAACGCAAAUUGGAGGAUUAUUGGGGAAAUAUACAUCCCUAGAGUGAUGCAUGGCGAAUUGUGGGAUGAGAGUAAAUGCUAUGAUGUUUUGAUAGAGUGA